AGAUCAUAGCCAAUUGUCAGCGAGGGACUUAUUGGGCUGUUUGGAUGUGCAUAUAGGCAACAGUCCUGUAAACUGCUGGUUUGGGCACUCCAUGUCAUCUUCUAGGGCAGCAGCACGAUUUGCAUGCAGGGUUGUGCGUACAUCCAGAAAUACCGUGCACACAACUCCCUGCUCUAGCACACCCAGGAGGACGCCACAAUGUGAGCCUACAAGGCCCUCGCAGAACUCAGCAACACCUAGGAUGCGAUGUGAGGAAGCCAAAAGAAGCUACACAUCCAACAGUCUGGGAAGUGUGAGGCGACCCCUGCUGUCUCAACUGCCAGCUGCAUUGCGACUUGCCCUCUCUAGGCAAUCCUCGCUCCUUCUCUUCAAUUGGGACGGUGACGAGGACCGAUAGUGACAGAGCGAUGUGCAGAUGAUGAACGCAGGUGAAGAGGAUCGGUGAAUAAGGAUGUUCCUUUAGCGACGCAAAGAGAUCCUCCGCCUUUAGAGAUAGCUGGCAGACAGACAAGCAUUGAGACCCUUGUCCUGCAAGAAGAACAGUGUCUGCUGAAUCGUUUGCAGUGUGUAUGGGUAGCCAUGUGACAACACGUUAAGUUAUCGGACUUGCUGUGAUUGGUCAGGGGCGGCUGAGCCGACAAUGUCAGAAUUGUUCCCACUGAAGAUGUAAUGUGACACUGUCAUGC